AUGGCCUACCGCCUCAUAACCCAGGUCAUAUUCAUCGGCAGCCGAGUGGUCGGGCGCGCCUUCGCCGAAGCCUACAAGCAAGCCUCCGCCUCGUCAAGCUACCAAAGGGCACAGCAAAAAGCGGGAGGCUCGGCCGCCGGCCGCGCCAACAUCUCCUCGGGCAUGACGCUUGAGGAGGCCGUCAAGAUCCUCAACGUGAAACCGCCGCAGGGCGGCAAGGCCGAUGUGGAGGAGAUCACGGAGCGCUUCAAGCGCCUGUUCGACGCCAACGACCCGCAGAAGGGCGGCAGCUUCUACCUGCAGAGCAAGAUCCUGAGGGCGCGCGAGCGCCUCGAGGCAGAGAUUAAGCCCGCGCAGGAGAAUAUGGCCCACGAGCAAGAGGUCAAGGAGGGGUGGAAGCCGAACAUUUACAAGGAUAAAUGA